AUGCACUCUAGAGCCAUUUUUCAGUUGUUAUUAUCGGUCAUCUUAAAUGCCCAUAUAUUCACUGUAUCUGGAACUUUUUCAUCUAGUAUUACCAAAGAAUGUCCAACCUUAGCCCACAAUCAGCCUUUAAGUCAUGGGCGUCCGUUUAUGACAAAUAAGCGAGUUGUUUUGAAAAAUGGAAACCAGCCAAAAAUAUUUCAAUCCGAAGGACCUUCUACUCGGGCUAUAUUUCCAGCAAUUCGGACCGGAGAAGAACGCGCAAAGUCGCUGUCACAAGGAUCUAACCCCAAAAAACCCGGCUUGGCCCUCACAAAAAAUGACAAGCUGGCAUGCAAAAUUCCCGCUCCGUCUGAGAGAAUAAAACAGACUACCAUCACCAAACGCUGUCUAGGUUCAUCUCACAAGACAUUGGAUCCGGACCUCGUCGUCGAGGCUUACAGACAGUCAACAGGCACUCGAUUGAUUAUUUCUGAUUAUGAUGGAACUCUCCGUGAGUUUGUGAACGAUCCGAAAGCAGCAACACCAUCGCAACAAGUACUAGAUGAUCUGGAAGCACUCAGCUCAGAGGAAAAUAAUCUGGUUUGGUUGGUUUCUGGAAGAGAUCAAGGAUUUUUACAGAAACAUUUUGGUCACAUUGAAAAUCUAGGAUUGAAAGCUGCUUAUGGUGCAGCUACACGUGAUCCUAACUCUGGAGAAUGGGAAGAGAAGGACUUUGAUCGAGGAUCGCUUGAUACAAUCAUGGAGAUUAUGGAAGGUUGGCGUUCUUCGCUUCCUACCACGUGGAUCGAGGAAAAAGACUUCGGAUUAGCCUACCAUUAUAAAGAGUCGUAUGAUGUGGCUCUAGAAGACAGGUCAGAAGAUCUACCCCGUAAGCAAGCAAAGGAUGAAAUCGACCGCUUGUACAACAGUCGCGCAAAACAAUUGAAAGACCAACUCGAUGAUGCUAUUGCAGAGGAGGGAUUACCAUUGAAGACUAUCCUUGGAAAUAUGGUCGUGGAGGUUAAGGACAAGACUUUAAGCAAGAGAGAGGCUGUCCUAUCAAUUUAUAAGAAUAUUGAGCAUCCGGAUUUCGUUUUGAUAGGGGGUGAUGAUCCAGCAGAUGAAGACAUGUUUCAAGUAGCUCAUGAACAGGAAAGUAAAGCCAAACGUUACGGAAAUUCACCUUUUGUAGCAACAGUACAUGUCUCCCAUGACAAAGGCAAGCGAACUGAUGCAAAAUACAUGGUCAGAGUACCGCAUGAAUUUCGUGGAUUGGUGUCAAAGUUGUCAGCUUCAGGGUAG